AUGACACUUUUCACAUGCAGCUGCACUGCAGCGCUUGAGCCCCGGCAAAACAGUUUCGAGCCCGCGUUGCAGCCUGAUCUAGGGGAUCAGGGACAUCCGACUUGUGCCAUAUCGUUUGGCCACUUCGUCCACCCUAUUUCAUUGUCUUUUUCCUUUGUGAUCCCAUUUGGGGGACUUUGGCUAGUGGUUGGAUUGGUGAACCUCCCUGCUCCCGCAUUGGUAGCGGAGCAGGACUUUCAGCAUCAGCAACACCUACCCGAGCUCUACGAGAUCUACAAGGACACCUGCAGUUGGUUCUACACCUACUUCAGGGACAAGGCCAACAUCUGGGGGAUCGGUUCGAUCCAGACAGAGCCUGAGCCCGAGGUUCGAGAGGACUUGGACGCUCGGCGAAGCUUCAACGAAAAGCUCCAGGCGGUAAUCACCCUUGCUCCGCAAGUUGGUCAUUGCUUCUUGGAGAUUGGCUACCUGUACGGCCGACAAGAGCCCAGACGAAGAGAGAGACAGUUGCUUGGUGCUGAAGGCCGACCUUUGGGUGAGUUGCCUGUGGAAUUGGAGGAAAAGAAUGGUGUUGAUCCUGAACGUGAUGGUUUUGGAUUGCCAACGGUUGAUGAGGAGUCAGCCAGCGAGGGUCCUGACUCUGAGGCCCCAACUGUGAAUGCGAGCCCAGACACUUCAGAACGUCGAAGACGCUAUGCCCGGAUUCCUACUGAUGAUCCUGGCCAACCUCCUGCCGAAGAUGAUGACCUGGUUUUGUCGGUGUCCGACAGCUUCAUCUUGGAGCAACUACGAGGAUGGCGUCUCUUGACCUCUGCAAGCCUCUCCACUGACGAGUGGCGAGAUGUUUUGGGCACUACGCAGGGAAAGCUGGACUAUGUCUCCAUUAGCGAUGCUCUCCAGGUACUCUAUGGCGAACAGAUGACUGGCGGCACUCGACUUCAACCUGGACAUCCUCAACAGCCUCUAUAUCAUGGACAACAUCUUCAAGCCUACAUCGCAGACGAGCACUACGAUGAUGAUUGGUCCUCUAUGUCUUCAAGCUCUUCCUGGGAUGAGUGGGGCGAUGAUGGAUGGUCGUCCUGGAAUGCGGCUUUGACUUGGAGCGAAGACCCAUGGUCUUAUGACGGCUGGUGGCCUGAAGAUGGAGAAGAUGAAGCUGAUGCCAAUGCAGCUCAAGAAGGUGAUCCCAAUGCCUCAGAAACCUCAGCAGCAGAAGCUCAAAAGAUGGAGCAACUCUUAGCUGAUGGUCGCAGUUGGAGCCAAGCACAACGUGCAACGGCAGCCAUGAAGAAAGAUCGUGGUUUUGGCCGAGCAGCUUGCUUCAUUUGCGGCAGCACACAACAUCUUGCUCGAGAAUGUCCUGACCGACUUUCUCCUCAUGGAGUUUCCAAGUCCAAGGGCAAGGGCAAGAAAGGUCUGCGCUACAUGGAGGAUGAAUGGCAUGACUGGAUCUAUGCUAUGCAGAAGGGCAAGAGCAAAUCGAAGGGAAAGUCCUACAAGGGCAAGUCCUUUGACCCCUGGAAAGGGAAAGGAAAAGGGAAGGCACCUGUGAAUGCCUAUGCGCUGAACCACUAUGGUUUGGAGAUGGAGCUUCAGACCCAGCACAACGGCCCUGUGGAACAUGCCAUGCUGGCAACAAAGAAGGUGGCCACUCCGAGGAAGACACAGAUCCCUCGUCAGAUCCCACCUGGCAGUGGCAUGAUCGACUCCGGAGCUACAUGCUCUGCUGGACCUGAAACCAGUGUUCAGCGGCUGGUGACAAAGAUCAUGGAAGCCGAUGCAGCAGCACAGAUCCGCGUGGAGACAAAGGAUCAACCUCGUUUUCGUUUUGGUUCUGGCAAAUGGGGACAAGCCCUCUACAAGUUGACCGUUUCUUCAUCUAUUACGGGGAGUACACGCAGUUUUUCAUGUUUUGCACUUGAUCCCGAAGAACGUCAUGAAGAUUGGUUUACCAUGGACAUGCUGGUUCCUGUUUUAGUAGGUAUGGACUGGUUGAAAGAAGCUGGAGCAGUUUUGGACUUCAACGAUGGUCAUUGUUUUCUUCCUUUGAUGAAUGGUGUAGUUCUCAACCUUCCUCAAAACCAAAAGGGUCACUACAUGUUGGAUGUUGUCGAAUACCUCACAGAUGGUCUCCGAAACUCCAAAGGUCAUGCUGCAGUACAUGUCAUGUUGGAAGAACCUGAUGAAAAACCAGAAGUCAUCAACGAUCACUCCAUUGAGUUUUUCCCAGUUCAGUUUUCUGACAUUUUUGUCUCUGAGAAUGCAAGCGUUGAUGGCAAGUUCAGUCAAGCCUUCGAGUACAUGGUGAAUCGACGGAUGAAGUUGUCCUCCAACAGCAGUGACAAGGACAAGAGCGACAUGCAGCCUCCGGACGAAUCUCGUCGGAUGGAGGGAGAUCCUCGAGACCCACGGCAUCAACGAAGCCAGUGGCCUUGCAAGGGAACUCAUGCCCCAAGCAAGGAGAUGAGCAACAGGUACGGCAUCUGGGUCAAUUGCCUCCAGUGCGGGUACCGUCUAUGGUACAAGCCUCGAGUUGGCAGCCCGGCCAACUCCAUGGUGACAAUGAAUGGCACCAACGUGAAGCGAGCUUUGGACGAACUACAAGGUCUUCUACCUCCUCAAGCAAUGCCUACGGAAGAGCUGGUGCGCGCGAUGAUCGAGAAGGUGGUGGCCGAGGAGCGCAUCAAGACCAUGCUGAUGGACUUCGAGAAGACCAUGCAGAAGAACGUGGAGAAGAUCAACAAGGCCAAAUCGGCCGCGACAGCCGCAAAGGCAAAAGGGUGUGCUUCUCCGAUCCAAAGACCUCGAACACCGACACCAGAGCCUGGCCCUUCUCCUGCGUCAAGCGGAUGGCAACAGGUCUCUCCCAGCAGGAUGGACCUCAACAUGGCCUUCGAGCACCUGACAACGGAGGAGAAGGAGCGCCUCAUGCAGCUUGCGGCAGAACGGGCAGUUCAGCCGGUGAUCAAUGUGAACAUCAGCUCGGACACGGAGCUGGUAGUCUACCAGAAACCUCCAAUGCUUUGGGAAAUGUUCUGCAGUCCUGACAGUGAGCUGACCAACCAAGCUCUCAAAGCUGGCUUGUGCGCCUACCGCAUCAACCUGGCGGGCGGCUUUGACCUCUACCGCAAGAACACCUAUGAUGGCUUACGUCAACUUCGACGUCGCCACAAGCCCAAGAAGUUUUGGAUCAGCACUCCCUGCACCUUCUACUGUGACUGGACAGACCUCAACUACCACAACCGACGUGAAGUUCUUUUUGAACGACGUCGCAAGGAGAAAUCGAUGCACCUCAAGGUGAUGGACUUUGCAGAAGAAGCUUUGCUGGAAGAUGAGACUGCCGAUCUCUACUGGGAAUGGCCGCGACGCUGCAGAGCUUGGAAAGAGCCUCAUGUGGAAGAGUUCAAGACUCGACUCUUCAAGAAGUGUGGCAGGAAUCUUUACCUGUGCCAAAUCGAUGGAUGCCGCUAUGGCAUGAAAGACUCUCAUGGCAACAUCAUCAAGAAGUCUUGGCAAAUCUUGACGACUGAUGUGGUCUUCUACACGAUGUUUCGCUUGAAGGUGUGUCUUCAAAACCAUGAACAUGCUCAAAUACAUGGACUUGAAACGACGCGCAGUGCUUACUACCCAACGGCACUUUGCCGAAGUAUUGCACAGCUUUGGCGUCGCACUUUGAUCCCUGACAGAUGGAUCAAGAUGCUUUCAACACCUGUGGUGAUGGACCCCUUCAAGGAGCUCUGCGAUGGUGAUGAUCAUCAAGCUCAUCUAUGUUCUGGACUUCCUGAUGGCGACCUCUUCAUGGGGGACGAUGAGAACGUGCCUGACGAUGCGGUGGUUCCUGCUGAAGUUCAACCUUCUGAACAAGAUCAACGAGCAUGGAGAGCGAAAUUGGAUCGCUUUCACAGACAAGCUGGACAUCCCACAGCGCGCAACAUGGCGCGGAUGAUGGCUGAUGCACAACUCCCACGAUGGAAGAUCAAGAUGGCCUUGGAGCAUGUUUGCCCCUACUGCCAAGAACAAAAGGGCGGUGGCAUUAGCUCCAAGCAAAUCAACCCAGCGAGCAUGCGCAAUCUUCCUGGACCUUGGGAACAAGUUGGCAUCGAUGUCUCUGAGUGGGAAGUUCCUGGUGAAAACAUCAAGGUGAAGUUUGUCAUCAUGAUGGAUCUAUGCACCAAGUACAAGGUGACCGACGUCCUCUUCAAGAACAAGCACGGCACUAUCAAGAAUGAGUCCGCCGAGGAGAUGAUCCGCAGUGUUUCUUUGAGGUGGCUUUCUGACAAGCCCAGACCUCGAAUCUUGGUUCCAGACAAUGCCAAGAGCCUCACAGCGAAGAAGUUUGUGGAUUACAUGUCAGACCUUGGCAUCGAAGUGAUCUACCCACCGGAUCAUGAAUCCUGGGCUCAUGGACUUGUUGAACGUGGUCAUCAACUGGUGAAAGAGACUGCUUCGAGGAUUCAUGCUUCCUCUCCUGACCAAGAUCCUGAGAUCAGCCUUGCACUUGCAACAGCAGCUGUGAACUCCACGGAGUACAACAAAGGAUACAGCAGUAUCCAAUGGGCAUUUGGUCGACAAGCUGAGCUGACUGAUGAUGAGUUACGUCAGAUCAAGAACACCACUGUGAAGCAGCCUCGUCGCAACUUCGACCUUGCACAGCCUGUGAUGGUUUGGAGGAAGUUUUUGCCUCCGAAGUUCCACAAAGGACCUCGUGGAGGAGUCAAGCGCACUGUGAAACCGAGAUGGAUUGGACCUGGCAGACUGGUUCUACAUGAACUCAUUCCUGGACAAGUAGAAGGAGAUCCAAUUCCAAUCGUUUGGGUGGUCAUUGGCAAGACGCUCUAUGGAUGUUCUGUCUUCUCUGUGCGACCCUUGUCGGAUCGAGAACAAGCCCAUGAAGAAGCAACAAAUGCCAUCGAUCCCAACAAGUGGAAGCAACUCUCCGACAUCAUUCCCAAGAGGGAGUACGUCGACAUCGAGCACGAGCAGCCUGCGGAUGGUGAGACCGAGGAGUUUGACCUUCCUGAACAUCCACCUGAUAUGCGAACAGUUGGAACUUCUUCAUCAAGAUCCUCUUCACGGUUUCCUGGUGUUCCUUACUAUGUGCCUGACUUUUCCAAGGUUGGCCCUACUGGACCUAUGCCUCCGAUGCGAAUCUCUGGGAAGAAGAAGCCCAGCGAUGUCUAUGAGCAGCCUGAGAUGGUGAAUGACUAUGGUGAUGAACAAGCAGCACGAUCACCAUCUUAUGCACCUACAACACCUGCAAGGGAUCCUGAACCUAUCGACCUGGAAGAUGACGACUUUGGCAACAUGCCUCAUGGUCCUCUUCGAGAAGAUCGCAGACUUUCUACAACAUCUUCAACACCGAUGGUGGAAAACAAGGAGCCCUAUUUGGACUCUCCUGAAGAUGGUCUUCCUGAUCCAGUUCCUGAACCUGAGUCCAAGCGUGCCCGCUAUGAGGACGAGGACGACAAGGAAGACAUGUACAUGAAGCAACUGCAGAUCUUCAACCAGAUCGACAGUGGCUAUUUGAUGGACAUCGAGCUGGACCUUGCUUCAAAUCGCCAAAAGAAGGCUUUUCAGAGAAACCCGAGCCUCUACCUGGCGAAGAAACUGGCUGGUUCAGAGGUGUGUUUUCGUCGUUUGAGUGCCAAUGAGAAGGAGUUGUUCAAGCGAGCAAUGAACUCCGAAGUUUCGAGCUUCAUUAAGACAGAGGCAGUUUGCCGCUGUUUGAGCUUUGAGGAGCAACAAGAAGCGAAGCGAAGUGGACGUGUUUUGAAAUCAAGAUGGGUAUUGGUUUGGAAAUCAGUGCCUGAGGAAUCGCGUGCUGAAGCACUUGCUGAUGCCAGGGAGAAUGAGAACACAGUCCACAGCUCUGAUGGCACUCGACUUGAUAUGUCCACUGCAUUUUUGCAGACUCGCAAGACGGAGGAGGAUCGCAGAAGUUGGAUGCAAGGGGUACCUGAACUCAAUCGUGCCCUUGGAGCUGAACCUCAUGAAGCGGUUCGAAUCCUCAAGAACGUCUGUGGCAACGCCACAGCACCUCGAGGUUUAUGGGAAGAUGUGGACAAAACCUUUUGUGCCUUGGGAGCGAAACGCCUGAUCGGCGACAGUUCCUUUUGGAUUUGGACAAAGCCAAACCCAAAUCCUCGAAAUCAGUUUGACACUGAGCAGCUGAUUGGUUUUGUUGGCGGACAUGUUGACGAUUUCAACAGAGCCGGAGAUCUUCAAGAUCCUGAGUGGCUUCGCAUCAGAGAAGCCAUUGACAAGAGCUACAAGUGGGGAACGGUGAAAAUCAACCAGUACCGACACACUGGUUUGGACAUCAACGUCAAGACCGAGGGCAAUGACUUUCUGGUCAAGGUGGAUCAGAACUACUAUGUGGAAGGCCUCAUGGACCUGACCAUUGCCCCGGAGCGUUUGAAGCGCACCGACAACCCACAGCUCACUCCUGAUGAAGUGAGUGCUUGCCGAGCCGGACUUGGAGCAGUCCAAUGGGCUGCAACUCAAACACAAGUUCAAGCCUGUGCGCGAGCCAAUCUGCUUCUUUCGCAGAUCACAAGCAACCAUGACAUGAACACGGCCAAGGAGAUCCAAGAACUCAUUAGAGAAGUUCGUUCCAAUCCAGUUAGUUUGAAGUUUUGGAAUCAUCCUGAACUUGAACAUUGGCAAGAUGUCACAAUUGUCACGCUUGCUGAUCAAGCCCAUGCCAAUCGACCUAGCGGUGAGCAGCUGGACGUCUAUCCAUUGUUGGAUGGAGAACUUGGAAGCUGGAGCGCAAAGCCAUCAGCACAAAUGAUGCUGAAGUUCAGUCUAUGUUGGAGGGUGAGGACGCAAACUUUAGAACGAGAUUCAUGUGGUGCCAACUCAACGCAUGGUGCACCCAUUGGUGAUGAUGUCCUCAACAGCGCCAACAACAUGGUCAAGACCAUCUAUGGCAUCGUUGGAACAGAUAGCAAGGGUGGCUUUGAUGCUGUCACUCGAUCUGAGGGACCGAUGCUUGGUCUCACGAAUGCCCGCAGUGCUCUGCAGGCUUACCAACUUCGUGAACAACUUGACCAUGGUGGAGCAAAGCUCAUUUGGCUUGCUGGUGAUUGGAACCUGAGCGAUGCUUUGACGAAGAAGCCUCAGGUGGCCCGACAGAGCUUGUUGCAGUUUCUUCGCAACUUUGUCUGGCGACUUCACUAUGACCCGAAGUUUGUCACCAGCGAGAAGAAGGCGAAACAACAAGGACGUGGAGCACUUCAGCAGAUGAGAGAUCUCCAAGCCUUGCAACCCAUAACAUAUGCCAUGACCUUUUGA